UCUAAUACUGAACAUAUUAUACAAAAAGAAGACCCAAUAGCGAUUUGGUCUGUAUUGUGUUAUAAAGAAUUAUUUAUAUUAUAAUGUAUUUAGAGAUACGUCUCUCUUGUAAUAAAUAUAUCGCAAUUCCCGUGACUGUUUUAGCAAUGGGUCUGUUAUAACAUAAAUAUGGUAUGUUGUUUGGCGAAUUCAAGUCGCCGGCUCGUAUCAUUGAACAUGCAAUAUAUUGAUUGUUUUUUUAUGAUUUAGGUUUCAAAAUACAAAAUGAAGAAGAGGGCAGAUUUAAUAUUAGAAAAAAUUGGUGUACAUCGGGAUAAUGUCAAUAAAGAAAAUGUUGUACCAUCUAAUCGUUAUGAAAUGGCUGAGACGGAUACUAUAAACUUAAUGGACCAAAAUAUUUCUGAGAGUACGCCUGAAAAUGAAAAAAUCAUGUCAUCUAGUCCUUCGGUAAUAGAAAAUUCUCCUGAUAGAUCUAUUCUAUAUAAUGAUCCAAAGUCGUUCCUUCAGCAUAGCGGAAAAAAAGUCCUGAAUAAAUGUGGAAUAGAACUAGAGCCUGAACUAACUUCCAAGAAGAUUAUUACGACAGGUGAAUUAGAAAAAGAACAAUCCAAGAGAACACGCGUUUCAUCGUCAAGCUCCAGUAGUUCAUCUUGUUCGAGUACCUCAUCAUCAAGUUCUUCAGACAAAAGUAAUAAGUCAAAUCCCGUCAUUAAUGGACCUUCCACUUCGUCUGCCGGGAAAGUCACAUGGAGAGCUAAAAAGAAUUAUCGUGUAUCUCCUAUAAACUCGAAUGAAAGCGACGUGGAUCUAAGUGACUCAGACCCAACAUUUACUGUGCAUAGAUCUCGGUCAUCAAGCACUAAUUCUUCACCUUCAUCCUUUGAAGAAAGUAAUGAUAUUAAUUGUGAUCCAGAAACAAAUAGAAAAUCAAGAAAACGUCAGCGAAAUCCAUCAAAAUGGAAGCAAAAUGUAGCUAAAACAUUGAGGAAUUCUGGUAAAGCUUAUGUUUCAUGUACUACUAAAAAGGAAAUACCUGCCCGAUCUGUUAAAGAAAAGAACUUAUGCCGACAAGAAAAACGUGUGGACCGUCAGAAUAUAAAUGAGGAGAAAUAA